AUGUGCUACUUCCUCACCGGCUUGGCCGAUGAGACCCUCACCGUGAAGCUCGGGGAGGAGGCUCCAGCCACCUUCACCGAAGUGUUACAGAAGGCAAAGAAAGUCAUUGAUGGACAAGAGCUCAUCCGAAUCAAAACUGGCCGACCAGAGAAAAAGAUCGACAAGGGAAGAGCUGGCAAAGAUAAGGAAAAGACUGAUUCGAAGUCCAAAGACAAGGGACCAUCCUCCUCUAGCAGUCGAGAUGAUUAUCGAAGGUCGGAUAGCACUCACAACCGAAGCCGACCUUAUGAGCGUUAUACUCCAACCACCAUCCCCAUCUCUGAGAUACUUACAAAUAUCGAGGAAAGUGAGAUGGAAAAGCUUCUCAAGCGACCUGAGAAGCUUCGAGGAGACCCAGAAAAGCGUAAUAAAGACAAAUAUUGUCUUUUUCAUCGCGAUCACGGCCAUAGUACAUCAAAUUGUUGGGAGUUGAAGCGCCAAAUUGAAGACCUCAUUCAAGAUGACUACUUCAAAAAAUUUGUAGGCAAACCGAGGUCCAACUCGGCAGAAAAGAAAGAUGAGAGGAAGCGUUCGAGGUUGCCGCCUCGUCGAAAAGACCGACCCGCGGUCAUCAAUACCAUCUUCGGAGGCCCAAGUGGGGGCCAGUCUGGGAACAAAAGGAAAGAGCUGGCUCGAGAAGCCAGGCGUGAGGUGUGCACCAUUAAGGAGCAGCAACCAACCUGCUCCAUUACCUUUGGUGACUCUAAUUUAGAGGGGGUCCAUCUGCCCCACAACGAUGCACUUGUGAUCGCGCCUCUCAUCGAUCAUGUCCUGGUUCGUAGAGUAUUGGUGGAUGGUGGUGUGUCAGCCAAUAUUCUGUCCUCACAACGUAUCUUGCCUUGGGAUGGACCAGAGCACAAUUGA